UGUAACUAAAGACGCAGCUCACUAAAUGACACACACUAAAUGACUCUUCUUUCUCCCCUCCUCCAGAGCCGACGAUGACUUCUCGGGGCCGAUGGACACCAACGUGAGACUGCGCUACAAUGGAGAGAUAACCUGGGAUGCUCCCGCCAUCACCAAGAGCUCCUGUGUGGUGGACGUCUCCUACUUCCCCUUCGAUAGUCAGGAAUGUAACCUCACUUUUGGUUCCUGGACCUACAAUGGUAACCAGGUAGACAUCUUUAUGGGCAUGGACAGUGGGGACCUGUCGGACUUUGUGGAAAACGUGGAAUGGGAGUGCCACGGGAUGCCGGCCACCAAGACCGUCCGCAUGUAUGGCUGUUGUUCCGACCCGUAUCCAGACAUCACGUACACCGUGCUCCUGCAGCGCCGCUCCUCCUUCUACAUCUUCAACCUCCUCCUCCCCUGCUUCCUCAUCUCCUUCUUGGCUCCUUUGGGGUUCUACCUGCCUGCAGACUCCGGGGAGAAGGUUUCUCUCGGAGUGACGGUUCUUCUGGCUCUCACCGUGUUUCAGCUAAUGGUUGCUGAGAGCAUGCCUCCAUCAGAGAGUGUGCCGCUCAUAGGGAAGUACUAUAUUGCUACUAUGACCAUGGUCACAGCCUCCACAGCUCUCACCAUCUUCAUCAUGAACAUCCACUUCUGUGGUGCAGAGGCUAAACCAGUCCCCCACUGGGCAAAAGUCCUCAUCAUUGACUACAUGUCCAAGAUUUUCUUUGUUUAUGAGGUAGGUGAGAACUGUGCCUCUGCCUCCACCUCCUCUUCGUCUUCUCACUUCCCCCAGGACGACAUCCGUCACCCGCACCUCAGCUCCCGCGCCCACGCAAAUGGAAAACCGGGGAACCAUGGUAGCCGAGAGGACCGGCAAAAUCACCAGUACCCUAGGCCCCAGACCCCCAAACCACAACAACAUCCCAGAGUGAAAGCCCAGCACCACAUCACUAGAGAGGAGAGGAGCCACCUCUCUAGUUUUGCACCUGGAAAGUAUGAAGGGUCCAAUGGUAAAAUUCCCACAGUUGACUGCUGUAAAGAAGACCAGAAGGUCCCCUGCUGCCCUGAAGACAAAAAGCGUCCACCUCAAGGCCCCACUGUAACCUUUGGCCCCUGUGUGUUCUGCAGUCAUGGCAGUGGUAUUCCUGGUGUGGACACCAAGCUGGUGCACAAUGUUGAGUAUAUCGCCAACUGUUUCCAAGAGCAGAGGGCCACAUGCGCAAAGGGGGCAGAAUGGAAGAAGAUUGCUAAGGUGAUGGACAGAUUCUUCAUGUGGAUCUUCUUCAUCAUGGUUUUCCUCAUGAGUAUCCUCAUUAUGGGCAAGGCACCAUGACUGAGCAGCGGAGCUAUGGAUUUUCAAAAAAAUUGACUUUAUAGUCAGAUAAAAAAGGUGGAAGGACUAUUUUUUAUAAAAAUGUAUGUUGAAAAAUUCUUUAUUAAUAAUAACCCUAUAGAUUACAAUGAUAUGAAAAUAAACAUAGUAUACUUUACAUUGAGUGUUUUUACCCAGGUAUAUACAGCAAAUGCUGUAUCAUUUAACAUUAGCAAAACAUUAAAACCCAUGAUUUCUUAUACACACAGUAACUUUGUGUCCUCUAUGGCAGAUCAUUACAUUUUU